CCACACCAAAGAGUCCAAAUUACCUAAAAGCCUGAGCCCUACGCACGGUCUGACGGGUGCACCAGUCAUCUCAGUCCUACUUCUGUAUAAAUAGUUCUACAGCUCUGCUCUCUGUUUGGCAUCAUCCUUUUUCCUCUCGCUUUUUCACCUUUCUCCUGUCUUACUAGCCACCUCUUUUUCUCUCUCUCCAUACAUGACGUUACCUAUUCCACCUCUAUAUUAGCUCCCAUCUCUUACAUUCAACCACCAGUCCGUAGCUCCCCUCUCUCAAAUUUUCUGAUUCUCUCUCCCCCCCAAUUACAUGGAAGCGCUUGGUCUUCUCAAGUUCUGGAGAAGUGCUGCCGCCCGAGCUGAGGCGAGCUCCGAGGCCGAUGACCUGCACAAUGCCACGGACGACGAGGACACCGAAGACGAUGACUCGUUCUUCGACUUGGAUUUCAAGUCGCCGGAGCGCGCUGCGGUGGAGGAACGGGAUGCAGAUUCAAAGAAGGACUGUCAGUUCAUUGAAUCUCCCAGAGAUGUUCUGCUCACCAGAAACGACCAUUUCUCCAAUUCGAAGCCACUGUCGCCGGUGACUAUCCUCCGAUCAGCUCCCAAGUUUAAGGUCUUCAUGUUAGGUUUCAGGAAAUCGUCGAAAUGCGACAAGCCUGAGCCUAACGGCGAGACGAAGGCGAGUCCGUUGAAUCAGCUCUCCAAAUCGUCGAAACUCGAUCGGAGCAACCGUUUCUCCGUCAAUUGCAGAGUGGCGGACGCGCCGCCGGUGCCGGUUUUCACCAGAGAUAACAGUUUGAGAAGCAAAAUGAUGAAAGAAAACUUCGAUUACGAGACCACUUCCGACGUCGGGUCGACGGAGAAAUCCGUACCCAAGUAUCUGAAAUUGAUUAAGCCGUUCUACGUGAAGGUCUCGAAUAAGGUGAAAUCGACCGAUUCCGUAACUCCGUCGUCCUCUCCGGUGACCGCCCCAGUGAACUUGUCUCCGAGGAAGUUUUCCGAGGGGAGCAGGGUCGGAAGCUUUAAGAUUGUAACACGGAAUUUGGUAAAGAGUCGUUCGGCAUCGUCGGCGGCGACGGUGGGGGUUGCGCCGCCGUCGAUCCGCCGGAGAGACGAUUCCUUGCUGGAACAGAAUGACGGAAUCCAAGGCGCCAUUCUCCAUUGCAAAAAAUCCUUCAAUUCAUCAUCCCAAGAUUAUUCGCGAUUAUUUCGAGCUGCGAGCGAUCCAUCACACGAGAAACUGAGAGCGCCGUUGAGAAAUUCAUUCGAGGAGCAAAAACGGUGCAGCAUUUGAAUUGCAGCAGGGGAAACAAAAGCAGCGGGAACGUCCAAAUUGCUCAAGUCAGCAUGACGUCAUAUUUCCAGAGCCAUGAUGAAGAUAGGAUUUUAUUAGGAUCUUCUUCCUGUAAAUUUAGGGCGCAGUAAUUAAAAAAAAAAAAAACUCAGAAAAUAGGCGGGUGGGUAGUCUGAAUGCCCAAUGAGUAGAGACGUAGUUUUUGUUCUGUAAAAAGUAACUGAUGGGGUUUUGAAAGUAGCGUAGCGCUGUCUGCCAAAAUUCAAACGACGAAAUAUACAAAAAAGAAAAAAAAUGAGGGAAAUGAUUAAAGAUGUAUCGUGUGGCUGAAUUUUUAGAUGAGUUCUGUUGUGUAUUGGAAUGUAAUCUUUUGAGAUGUUUGUGUAUGUAUGGAUUGGUUAUGGUUUAUUCUACUUAAAACCAAAGUCACGAUCA